AUGGCAAGCAUUCAGGACAUCCGUCUGCCCACGUGGCAGGAAGUCCGUCGGUUCGUUCAGGACCCGGAAAUCGUCACGGCUGAAAUCCUUUUCCUCAUCCUCACAUUGUCCAAUGUCUUCGUUAUGUACCGUCUAUUCCUUGACGUCGUGCCCUUCCCCGUGUUUGUCACCUGGUGGCAAUUGGCACAGGGCCUCUUCAUGGCAUGGUGUUUGGGUGAAACUGGGAAGGAAUUUCCGAAAUUCGCGUACUUUCCCCGCGUUGAACUUGACAAGAAACUUCUUAAGAAGAUCGUGGUGCCGGCCAUCGUGAACGCCGUGAUGCUGGUACUCGCCAACGUCGUUCUGUACCGCACGACGUGUGUUGCCACCCUGCCGGUUAUUGUCUCGUUCGCUGUCGUCCUUCAUCACGUUACCCGAUUCAUCGGGUGUGGUGAGGAAUAUAUGCCAAUGAGAUGGCAGGCGAUGGGACUGCUUAUGCUUGCCUUUGUUCUUGGGUGCACUGACUCUAAGACCGUCAGUGCUCAAGUGCUUCCAUGGGCAAUUUUGUAUUCCAUCUUUUCCGCUGCUUUCCGUGCCGCAUACCUGCAGAAGGUGAUGCACGAAGUCGAUGGCAGAGGCAACCUUCUGUACAACCACCAGCAUGUCAUUGGCGUUGCCGUCCUGCCCAUCCUUUGCCUCCUCUGCGGCGAAUGGAAAGUGUUCACCACCCUCCCGAUGAACUUCACCCUUUUGCACACGUGGCAAGUGUGGGGCUGUUUGGUGACAGUUGGUGCCCUGCCGUUCCUGAAGAACAUUGUGUCUAACCGUCUCAUCCGCCGCACGGGACAAGCUCCGUGGCGCUUCCUUGAAAUCGUGUCUAUUGGGCUCGUUUUCCUUAUUGGUCUGGGCUUCGGCGUCCCCGGCUGGCAAGGAUUCAUCUGCAUCAUCCUUGUCCUGGCAGGCCGUACCUUCUGCGCGUACGACGUGAUCACCAACGCUGCAGAUGUCGAGGCGGCGCGCGACACCCGUGGCGGAGGCGGUCGCCCACCCAGGGAUGAUAUGGCUGACGCUAACGAGCUUGAGACCGGUUCGCAGACUUCCCAGAAGCCCUUCUUGCAGGCAAUUGAAGAAGACGGUGGAGAGAACUACUCGGACAUCCGUGAAGACGACUCCAGUUAA